GUGCAUAUAUGGAAAAUAAAAUAAUUGCAUAAUAUUGUGAUAAUAAGUGUAUGGCAGUGAAAUAAGUUUGUAAGAAAAGAAAAAUUUUCUAUUCUAUGUGUGAUUGACUGUCCGGCGGCGGCAGAAGUAGAAAAGAAGAAAAAAAAAAACACGCUCAGUGACAACAACAAAGAAAAAAAGUUGAAAAAUUGUCUUAAAUGUUUAUAAAACAUGGAAAACUUAAAAAUAAGUGAUAAUUUAUUUGCAAAUAUACGUUAUUUUGUUGUGGGCAAUUUGGAUGAGGAGGUCGAGCAAUUACUUAAAAAUGGAGGUGCUCAAUCGAAAAUCUUCCUUUCGGAUUUGGUUACCCAUCUCAUUUGUGCUCCAAAUUAUACCGAAGAAGAGCUGGUUAUGAAUUUAGAUCUCUACACGGUAAUACCCGUAACCGAACAAUGGAUUAUACAUAGUGCUAAAUUGGGACGUUUGGCGUCCACCAAAGCCUUUGAUCCCAGUGAAGCACGUUUAAUGAAAAACAUUUCCGCUGCCAUAGUUAAUGUAGCACCCAGUGAUCGUAAACGUUUAUAUGCCAUGUUAACCUAUCAUGGUGCCCAGGUAACUUCCAAUUUUAGUGGUAAUAAUACCCAUCUAAUAGCGGGCAUGGCAAUGGGUCCUGUUUAUACAAAAGCCAGUGCUUUGCCCAAGGGUAGUAUGAAUAUUGUAACACCCGAUUGGGUGGUGGAAUGUUUAAGACAAAAGAAACUAUUACCAUGUGAUAUUUAUCAUCCGAGAUUGCUGAAAGUGAUAGAAAGACCAAAAUUAUCAUUGCCCCCGAUAACAGCAACUGCGCCAGCAAAUACUAGCAGCAACACAGCCAUGAAUAAUCCCACAAAACCUAUACAACCCACACCACCGCCACUAAUCACACCUACCACAACACAGCAACAACAACAGCAGCAGCAACAAUUAACACCGACUCAUACACCACAACCCACACAGCCUACAGUUGAACAGACAUUAUCCAACAUUUUAGGUUUCGAUGAUGAUCCUUUAUUAGAUAAAGCCACAGAAUCAUCUACUUCCGUCACCUCUCUAGAUGCUGCCCAAAGUAUUGCGAAUAUAAAGUCACAAUUACAAGCAGCUGCUGUACAAAUAACUGCCGCCAAAGAUGUUAAGACUGCAACUAGUUCAACCGCAACUACCUCCUCAUCUAUAGCAUUAUCAGCAUCAUCAUCAUCAACAUCCAUAAGCACACCCACCACUCCCAAACAUGAGAUACCAUCAACAGCUACAACUUCACCGUUUGCCGGAAAUAUGACUGCUAUGGAAUCAACAACAAGUAAUUUACAACAAUCGCCUUUGCAACAACAGCAGCAGUUGCCUUUGCAGCAACAACAACCACAACAACAAAUGCAAACUUUAACACAGCAACAAUCAUUAACACAAACACAGAUUUUACCCCAACAACAACAACAACAAAAUUUAGCACAACAGCAGCAAACUCUACCCACACAACAACAACAAAUUCUACAGCAACAGCAGCAUCAACAACAACAAUCACAAAUAGUUUUUGUUAGACCUCGUAGUUUAAAUCAACAGCAACAACAGCAGCAGUUGCAGCAGCAACAACAACAACAACCACCCCAGCAAUUAUUAGCUGGACCCACAACUGCUCAGAGCUUGGGUAUGUUUUCUUCAGUGCCACCACAAAUCAUUCUGCAACAAAAAGUCAUACCCAAUGUGGCCAAUUUACAGAUACAGCAACAACAAACUCUUUCCCAACUACAACAUCAGCAACAACAGCAGCAGCAACAACAGCAAAAUAUACAACUCCAGCAUCAAUUAAUGCAACAACCCAGAACACCACAAACCCCCACCUCUUCAAAUACUCCUCUACUAGAAUCACGUACUCCCACACCUACCGGCACACCACAGCCACCCAGAACACCACAACCAAACAGUGGCAGACAAACGCCACAGGCACCCAGAACACCCUCUACCACACCACAACCCCAACAACAAAUGCUAGGACAAUCCCCGCAGCAUAGUGUACAACAAAUACAAAUGUCACCUUCACAUCAAGCUGCACACAACAAUACCCCACAACAACAACAACAGCCUAGUCCACAAUCCCAACAAAUGCAACAGAAUCAACAACCACAACAACAGCCCCAACAACAAACCAUAACCAUGUCACCCCAGAUGCUGCAUCAACACAUCCUUAGACAACAGCAAAAUUUGCAACAGCAACAACAACAAUUACAGCAACAAAUACAAAACGGUCAAAGUUUAUCACCACACCAACAGGCACUCCAACGACAAAUACAACAUCAACAACAACAGCUAAUGCAACAGCAAUUACAAUUGCAACAACAGCAGCAGCAGCAGCAACAACAACAACAACAGCAGCAACAAUUACAAAUGCAGCAGCAAUCACCUCGAAUGCAGCAAAAUCCCUCUCCUGCUCCCCAAGCUCCUUCACCAUCUUUGAGUAACAAUACACCCUCAACUGGUAGUGGUCUCGCUCACGCUAUGAUGCCACCACAAUCACCAAGACAAUUACAAUCCCCUGCACCACAAAUGACACCACCACCGCCUCCUCAAUCACCUGGAGCGGUUGUUGGUAUGCAAACGCAAAGUACCCUUUUGUCGCAGCAACAAUUGAGACAGCAAUUGCAGCAAGGUAGACAGCCGCAACAAAGGCAACAGCAGUCUCCACAACACUUAAUGUCCCCCCAACCCUUCCAACAGCCCCAACGAGUCCAACUACAAAUGCAGCAGAUGCAACAGCAGCAACAACAGCAGCAGCAACAAUCUCCCCAACAUAGGGCCUCUCCAUCGGCACCACCAUCUCCGCAACUACAUCAACAACAAUCUAAAUUGAUCUCAAAUCAAAAACCCAUUGAUCCUACAGACCCAGUACAAGUGGCUCAGAUAUUAAGUCGUUCAGCACCAAGUCCAAAUCAUGAGUCACUCAUUAUGAGAACACAACAGUUAAAACAACAGCAAUUGCAACAACAACAGCAGCAGCAACAACAACAACAACAGCAACAACAACUAAUAACAAGUCCUGUAAGUCAACAACAGAGUAGUGGUGGUGUUCAACAACAGCAACAACAACAGGGAAAUGCUGCUCAAAGACAAGUGAUUAAUACUUCAACAGCUCAGGGUCAACAAAUUAUACAAAGUCAUAUGAUGAAUAUUCAUCAACAACAGCAACAGCAGCAACAACAAAAACAGCAAAUGGUACAAUUACAGCAACAACAACAGCAACAGAUUUUGCAGCAAAAAACUGGUUUAAUAUCACCUCAACAGCAGCAACAGCAACCAACACAGAUACAACAACAAGUUUAAUACCACAACAACAGCAGCAGCAACAGUUACAACAACAGCAACAAUUGCAACAGCAGCAACAAACUUUGGCAAACAACCCAACCAACAGCAAUUACAAUUUGCCAGUCCCACGUCCGCUCCCCAACAACAGCAACACAUGCUUCUAAUAUCAGCACAGUAACAGGCCCCGGAGGUGUUAGAAUUAUACAACAAACUAUACAAGCACAACCGGGUUUCCCGGGCGCACAACAACCCCAACAACAACAAACACAACAAAUUUUGCAACAGCGCCAAACUCAAUUGCAACAGCAACCACAAAUACAACAGCAAAUCAUAACACAACAACAAUUGCAAAGUCCUCAACAACAACAACAACAAACGGGACAAUUGCAGCAGGUACUUAACGCCAAUGUGGGUGUGGCUCAAACUCCUCAAACACCCAAUAAGCCGAAAUAUAUUAUUAGCCAGCAGCAAUUUAAUCAGUUAACACCCCAACAACAGCAACAGAUUUUACAGCAAAAUCAACAAAAUCAAAACUUUUUCAUAGUUAAUCAAACAAACGUAACACAACAGCAGCAGCAGCAGCAACAACAGCAGCAGCAGCAGCAUCAACAACAAGUAGGACAACAACAAAUUAUACAGCAGGUGGCACAAAAUCCCAAUCAACUUAUCAAACAACAACAGCAGCAACCACCUCCUUUAUAUGCUCAAAGGCAACAGCAGCAACCACAAACACAACAGCAAUUAUUAGAUUUGGAGGGUAAUCUAUUACAAUCUCCUCAGCAGCAGCAGCAACAACAACAACAGCAGCAACGUAUCUUAUUGCAGCAGCAACAGCAAACACCCAAUGUUUCCCCUCAACAACAGCAGCAGCAAAUUGUUAUUAAUCAACAGAUAAUUAAUAAUCCUCAACGUUUGCAAUAUUUGCAACAGCAACAACAAUUACAGUUUCAGCAAAAACAACAAAUGCAGCAACAGCAGCAAGCUCCCAAUGCUAUUGUUGUAGGACCUCAACAACAACCAGUGCAACAGCAAAUAGUACAACAACAAAUAUUGCAACAAAGUCCUCAACAGCAACCACAACAGCAACCAAUUAUCAUACAACAAACCAUACCACAGCAACUAGUGCAAGGACAACAGCAACAACAAUCCAUACUACAAAGUCCCCAACAGCAGCAACAACAACAAAACCAACAGCAACAACAACAAAUUAUCUUACCACAACAACAACAGCAGCAGCAACAACAGCCCUUACAGCAAACAGUUUUAAUACAACAACAGCAAUUAAACCAACAAACUCCCACUCCACAAUCUCCUCAACAGCAGCAGCAACAGCUAACACAACAGCAUCAACAACAAAUUCUAAUACAACAAGAAUCUCCUCAGCAGCAAACACAGCCACAACAAACACAUUGGUCUCCACAAAGUCCGGCUCAGCAGCAACAACAGCAACAACAACCAGGAACCCCAGGCUCCAUAACCGGCCUACAAUCCCCCCUGCAGGGACAACAAUCACAAAUUCAACAAAUCAUACCACAGCAACAACAACCCCAGCAGCAACAGCCACAAUUCAUACGUACAGUACGCCCUGCUGGACAGUGGCAACAACAAGGUCUACCACCUGGCACUCCUCAACCACAAAGACAACUCAUACAGCUGGACGAUAAAACCCAUGCUCAUUUCAUGUCUCUGGAUCCCAUUAAAACGCUGAAUACAUUUCAAAAACUACAGCAAUCUAAACAAAGGGUAAUGGUUAGACAACAAGUGGCCUAUCAGCCUAGACCAGGAGCUCCCAAUGUAGUAGCCAGUGCUCUAGGUACAACACCCCGACCUGCUGGUCCCACCACACAACACAUCAUAGUUCAAAGUCAAAUGCCGGCAGGUCUAACGCACAAACCAAUGCAAUGGUUACAGCAGCAACAAAGACAGGUUGUGGUUAGAACAGCGGGAAAUCGAGCUCCUGGUCUUACACCCAUUGCUCAGCAACAAGUUAUUACUGCUGGUGGUACUCCGGUCAGUAUAACACAACAACAAUUACAACAACAGCAGCAGCAACACAAUGUUCAACAGCAGGUGUUUAACCCCAAUGAUCCCAAUCAACAGAUGUUGUUGCAAAGACAACAGCUAAGAGUACAAUUGGCAACAGCAAACAACAACAACAACAACGUUAUAGAGCAGCAAACUAUAAUACACUCACAGCCGGCGGGGGCUCAACAGAUUGGCCAGACUAUACAAGGACAACAAGGUACGGGCAAUAUAAUUACUGCCUUAGCUCCACAAACAGUACUCAUGCCCAAUCAAGGCACUGCUACCAUGGAUGGUCAACAGCUGCAGCAGCAACAACAGCCCGGUAAUCUGCAACAAACACAACAACAAAUGAAUUUGAAAACUAAAACGGCCCUUGCCAACAUGUUAAGCAAUCGUUUGGGUGGAAGCAGCAAUGCUAUGCAGAUGCAAACGCAAAUUGCUGGCGUACAGCAACAGACGCUAGUGCAACAACAAAUACAAAUGCAAGAUCCUAACCAGCAGCAACAGACAAUUAGCAGGACCUCAACAGUUGCAGCAGCAACAAAACAGCAGCAGCAGCAGACGCAGCAGCAAUUGUUAAUGGGUCAACAACAACAACAACAGCAGCAACAAUUAAACCAACAGGGCGUAAUGAAUGCUAUGCAAACCCAACAACAACAGCAAGUAGUGGAGGCUAGUGCUGCUGGCACUUUGCGCAUGAUGACUCAACAGCAUAAUGCUGCUUCUUUGCAGCAACCUGCACAACAAGUUGGUGCUACGACUGCUGGUGCUACUGUUUCUAGUGUUGUGGGAGUUCCACGCACUCAGCAGGAACUAUUGCUACUACAGCAGCAACAACAGCAACAGCAGCAACAACAAAUGCGUAGACCCAUUUUACAGACCCAAAUGUCGGCCACAGGUCCAGUAGCUGUUAACAAUAUUAUUGCCGCUGGUGUACCACCACAACAGGCUGUGCAACAACAGCAGCAACAACAAGCUGUGCAGCAGCAACAACAGAUUGUUCAACAACAAUUGGUAGUUGCUGCUGCCGCUCCUGGCAGUGGUGGUGGUGCAAUUCAGCAGCAAGUGGUAGCAGCUCCUGGAACUGCUGUACCCGCUGGUGUUAUGACACCAGCCGGCUAUGUACACCAGGGCCGGGUUACUCAACUGCCCAUGCCGCCACGUCCUCAAUUCUACGGUCAUAAUCCAAAUUUAAAACUGCCACCUGAUCUAUUCCUAGUCGGCUGCACUUUUUACAUAGUAGAGGAAUAUGAAGAAACCGAUGGUGAAGAAUUACCUAUAUGGAUGGAAACUAUUAGACAAUUUGGUGGUGAUAUAGAAAAGAACUAUUGUCCACGUGUUACCCAUGUCCUGUGUCGCACCCAAAGACAUGGUGUUGUCAUGCAGGCUCUACGCGAUGCUAAACGUUGCAUUACCGCUUACUGGUUAAGUGAUAUUUGUCUGAAGAAACAAUUACCACCCUGGCAACCUCUUCAUCUACCCUUUCCCUCACAGUUUGGCUAUCAGAAACCGCUGGAACGGCAUAUCAUAGCUGCCAAUGGUUAUGAACCCGAAGAGGAACAUCGUAUUAAACAAAUGGUCCAAGAGUGUGGCGCUAUUUAUACUUCUUAUUUAUCCAAAUUACAUACCGUCUUGGUGUGUAAAAAACUGGAGGGUGAAAUGUUUAAUGCAGCCAAAGAAUGGAAUAUACCGGUGGUCAAUUCUUUGUGGUUGAGUGAUAUCACAAUAGGCAAUUUGAGUUCAAUGUCACAGUAUGACAAUCAAAAGUAUCAACAGUAUAAUAUAACACCGCCAUUCCGUAUUGAUUAUGGUCUGGUGCCGCAUUUGAUGGCUGCCUGGAAAGCUCCCAUCAAUCUUACCCAAGAUGCACAUGAACGUGUUAAACGAUAUUUGGCCGAUCCCUAUUAUGAAAAGGCCAAAAGACAAAAGAUUUCACCCUAUCAAGAAGAAUUACCCGAAACCAUAGUCUGUGUGGAAUAUCCACAAACUGCUAAACCGCCAAAAGUAUUAUUUUCACAAGUAGCUGAUCCGGAAUCACUCAAAAAGGCUGUACUAUCUCUGGGCGGUAUUGUGGUAGACAAUCCCUCGGACGCCACCUACUUGGUAAUGACUUGUGAAAGUCGUACCUGUAAACUUAUACAAGCGGUGUGUCAUGUUGAUUAUGUUCUCAAAUCCCAAUGGGUUGUGGAGAGUGCUAAAGCGGGCAAAUUUCUACCUCCCGAAAACUAUAAAAUACAAUAUAUACCUGUAGAUGAAAAUCUUAAAUUCCAUUUGGACACGGUAUUACAGUCUAACACACGUUCUACUUUAUUUGCCGGUCGCUAUUUCUAUGUUACACCCGAUGUUUUCCCUGCUCGUUCCGAAGUAGUACGCAUGAUUGAAUCCUCGGGCGGUAAGGUAGAAGAGAAACGUCGCUCUUCCCAGGCUAUAGCAGAAACACAUAACCAAUCCCCCGAAUCUUAUAUAAUAGUAACAUGUCCCAAUGACAUGCAUUUAUGUGUGGAUCUAACACGUUUUGGUAAUCCCAAAUGUCCCAUAGUAUCGACUGAAUUUGUUAUGAGUUCUAUACUUAAGCAGACGCUUGAAAUAGAACCGCAUAUUAUACCCUAUCUGUACAAUAACAAUAAUAAUAUUAAUUAUGGUGGUAAUAAAGCUUCAUCCAAAUAGCCUUUGCUAACAGCCACACAAGAAGCAGAAGAUCCACAUGAAUUUGAAACUAUUAGCGAGUUAUUUUUGCAAAAAUAUUUAGAUUUGGAACCACUAAUGGAAACAUUUUAUUCCUAGAGAAUAAAAGAACCGAAAACCAUGUACAUUUAUCAUUUCAUUUAUACAUUUUUUUUUCGCAUUCACAAACAUU